UCGAGUUGUCAAAUUACGUCAGUUUACAGUUAUUUCGGCAAAGCGCUAUAGUAGACUGCUCUUAUUACUUUGUAAAACUUACUGGUUAAUAUAUAACGAAAAUAUUUCAGGAACGGAACAUUAUCAUUGAAUUUCGAAUAUAUUUUCAAACUAUAUUUUCUGCUAUAAAGAAAUUGUUCUAAUUCAUAAACUACACGGAACAUAUCUUCCCAACGGCAUACAAGAUUUUUCACCAAGCAAAUUUGUAUUUAACUACGCCAUUUAAUGAGCGGCACAAAAAUAUGGCAAACAGAUGGCGCUCUACAUCAUUUUUGUAUAAAUUUAAAUAUUUUUUAUUCAAAAUACUCUAACUUCUAAAAGUGGUAAAAUCGUUUUGUUAUUUUUCUGCGAACUCCAUUAUGCAAGCACUUUUAUUAUAUUGAUUAAACUUUCUGUAAAUUCCUUUCAAACAAUCACUCACCACGGCAACAGCUGUAGCGCAUUUUCAACACACCGGCAUUUGACAGCCGCAACUGUCAAGGCAACAAAAAUAAAACAGGUAGCAUAUUAGCUAAACAAAUAAGUCGCUCUUUAAUUGGGAGUGAAAUUGUUUAUUUAUCCUGUUGAACCUUGAACUGCCCAAUAAACUAAAACACAGUGCGUAUAAGAUUCUCAAUUGCAAGCAGAACACGAAAUCAAACGUAAAAACGAAGAAAUCAUGAGCUUAGAUAAUUUGGUGUUGCUAAAUAAUCAGACGGCAGGCCGUGAUAAAAUUGCUAGACUUGUGCAAUAUGCCUCGCGUGCUUUAUGGGAUUCACUGGAGAGUGUUGAUGCCAGUCCAGCACUAGCGGAUAGCUUCAAAACUGUGGAGUAUAUAUUAAGCACAUUCCGAAAACUUCUGCGCUUCGGUCGCUGUGUGGAUAUAUUUUACUCUUCCUUACGCACUAUACAUUACCCCGAUCUUACGAUACGCGUGACACUGACAUUGAGCAAGCUCUCACAAUCUCUCUUCCUACUGGCCGACCAUUUCAUGUGGUUGGCGCGUACUGGACUCUUCAAGGGCAUAAAUACAAACCGUUGGGGAAAAUUUGCUAAUAAAUACUGGUUGCUAUCGAUUAUAAUGAAUUUAUGCCGAGAUGUUUAUGAAAUAUUUCAAUUGAUCGACUUACAUAAGGCUGGCACAAAAAGCGGUAUAACCCGUGCGAGCCCUAAAAUAUCGCCUUUGCACGUCAAUUCAUUGCGCGAUUUUAACAGAUUAGCUCUACAUUCCUAUGCAUUGGUUUUGGGCCACAAAGAUGUGGCUGUAGAUACAGUGAAAAAUUUAUGUGACUUAUUUAUACCAUUAACUGCACUAGGUUAUACUAGACUGUCGCCGCGUACAAUUGGAUUGUUAGGUGCUAUUUCCUCUGCAGCUGGUUUAUGGGCGUUGUUGGAGCCGACAGCAAAGUUAACACCAGCAUAAAUUUGGAUUAUAUUUUUCUUAGGUUAAGAAUUAUAGUAGAAAAACUACUUUUUUCCUUAAGAUAUAUGUAUGUAUUGUACACUGUUGUCUAAAUUCCAAAUUCCACGAUUCGAUCAACGUUUUUGUACUCGACAGUUAUGCAAAUAUUACACACAUAUAAAUGUAUGUGUUUGUAUUUACGUAUAAUAGCUUUGAUUUCUUAUAUUACAUGUUUUCGCUGUUGAAAAUAAAAAAAACUUAUUCUCUAACAA